AAUUUUCAAAAAUAUGUACAAUGAAUUUUCAUAUUACUGUGAAUCUAGUAAAGUGGAAUGGACGAAAAUCAAAACCAUAAACACAUAAACUUUUUGAAACGUAAACACAUAAAUUUAAUAUCUAUGAUUAUUUUCCAAUCAAACCAACUUAGAAGAAACUCAACUCUCCACUAAUUUUAAUUGAAGGAAAAAAAUUAAUAAAGAUAUGAAAAAUAAAACUUUGUAUAUCUCUCUCAUAAAGUUGACUGUUUAGACUUUUAGAGGUAAGGACAAUAUCUUCUUUGCUUACAUACCCCACUCUUGUUAUAAAAGACAGUAACCUUUCUUGAGAUCACUCUUUCUUAUUUUGUGUGUUAGUGCGUUGAGAGAGAGAUAGAAAGAAAGAGAAAGAAAUCGCCAUGGCUCAUGGGAGAUAUGAUAAUUACAAGAAGAAAAGUGGACAGAUUCCUAGGUUUGGAGAAUGGGAGGAAGCAAAUGAGAUGCCAAUAACACAAUACUUUGAGAAUCCAAGACAAGCUGGUCUGAUUCGUCACCAUUACACAACCACUUCUUCUGCUUCUUCCACUACCACUACUUCUUCAUCUUCUUCUUCUUCUGCAGAAGCCCUAAAGCUUGCUUCUCACCGUCCCCGUCCAAGACAGACGGCGGGGACGAAGGAAAAAAGAGGACCACAAAGGCGUGUGCGUGACGUCAGUGCACAGUCGGACAAGUAUUACAUUGACGUCAACGGUGUUAAGCAGUUCAAAAACGACGUUGCUCCGACUUCGAAGCCACCUAAGCCCGUUGAUGAAGAUCUCUACAAGAUUCCUCCUGAGUUUAUUCAUUCUUCAACAAGGAAGAGAAGGCCUAGCUUUUUAGCUUGUUUGGUUCCAUGCGCAUGAAUUGAAAAGGAAGAAUGAAGAGAAGAAGAAGAAUAAAAAAUAGGAUUACGAAUGAAUAAUGUAAUUUUUUUUUUGUUUUUUGUUUUUUGGUUUUCCUUUCUAAUUUCAUUUAAUAUACAUAUAUAAUAUAUACGUGGUUUGGCAGAAAAAGAGAGCAUACGAAUGGUUUAGAGUAAAAGGAGUAACAAAGUAAUAUCGUAGUAAACUAGAGUAAUCCUUUUGUCUUGUUACAUAUCUACUUUAUAAGAUUUUAUCUCGUUUUUGUCACGUACGUUCUCAACAUUUUUUUUUGUGUGUGUUUUGUAAGAGAGUUUUAAAGAAGACUACAUCUUUAUUUGCAUGAUCACAGAUUUAGUAAAAGAAAACUCUUAAAAAGACUAUUUAUCCCAA